UCCACAUCCUUCUCAUUCGAAAAUAACCAGAAAAAAAAAAAUCCAAGUCCCUUCUAAUUUUGCACUGGUCUUGUAAUUAUAUAAUCUCGAGGUUCUGAUAUCUUUUUUUUUAUUACAAUCCAUGAUGGGUCGCAGAUCAUUGGUUGGUGUCGGAGCUCUGUUUCUGAUUCUCUUAACAACGUUUCCAUCGUCAAGAGCUUUGGUUUCGUCUCCUGAAGCUAACCAUCAUUACCCUAAAGCCAUCUCGGAUUUGAAGGAAGCAAUUGUGAAGGGACUUGGGUUCCAAUCAGAAGAAGUCAAGAUCUCUGGGUUUGAUGUGAGGGAUGCAUUGGUAGGGCAUGCUGUUUCUUAUGAGUUUGAUCUUGAGAUUGAUAAGAAAGUUCUUCCCAUCAAGCUUCUUGAAGAUGUGAACCGAUGGGAGUACGUUGACCUCCCAAUUUUCCAAGUGGAACAACCUAAUGGACCUGUGGAUGAGAAUGGUUUGGUUCCUAUGAGGAACAAGAAGAAGUCUGGUGAUGUUUCGCCUGUUUUAGCUCCGUUUCAACUCGCUGGCCCCAUGGAACUUUGGAUCCAAGAUGCUAACGACAUGCGUCUUUCAUUGCCUUAUGAUGUGGAUGCUGGUGUUUUGAAGAAAGUGAUAUUAGGAGAUGGUGCUGUUGUUACUGUCAAAGGAGCUAGAUCAGUUAGCCUGCGUCACCCUAUUGAUUUGCCACUUCCAUUAAACCAAAGCUCCAGCGAGUUUGCCUCUGGUCUUCUCUCAUUAGCUGAGCAGCUUCGACGUGGUGCUUCAUCAACUGAUCAAGAAACCCCACUUCUCUCUCUCCGCAUUGUUGGUCCUACUUCACUUGCAUCGACCUCGCAGUCUCCUGAGAGCAAACUCAAGCUUAAGCGCCUUGCCCCUGGACUUGUGGAACUAUCUUCCAUGUCUAAAGACAAAGGUAGUAGUAGUAGUAGUGUCACAACAAUUGACGGUGUUACUACAACUGUCCUCACGCCAAGGGAGUUCACAACCAUGUGGCCGAUCACUUCAAUCAACGGCUCAAACGCUAACUUACUCGGCUUUGAGAAGCUGUUGACCUCUGUUUUAGGUCCCAAAGCUCAGGAAGAAGGUUCUUUUAAGGUGCUGAAAGCAAAUGUUGCAGCUCAAACGUUUAUGAAGAUUGGUUUUGGUGUAGAGAGGAAGCUGAGGGAAGGUGAUCUUGAAGGAUUAAACUUUCCAGAAUGGAGAACAAAACCAAAAACAAUGCGAAUGCAUUUUGAGGUUCUUGCUAAGGUUGAUGGUGACAAGGUUGUGCCAGAGAAUGUAAUGAGGGUUGAUCCUAUACCGUUGGAGGAUACGGUUGCGCAGAAUGUGAUUACUGGAAAUGUAACCAUGUCGAAACUUCCAAUCGUUCAGCCUCCUCCAAGCCCUUUCACCUUGUAAAUCAUGUGGGGAUAGUUGAUGUUUUAUGAGAAAAUUUAAUGACUUGGCAUACACGUCUUUGUUUUCCUUAAUUUACUAACCGUAUCUGCAGAAGAAGUGUAUGUUAUAUACUUCCACUGCUACUUGUAAUUACAACACUUUUUGGUUUAAAUAUACAUGAUAUUAUGAUAA